ACUAAUACGUUUAUAGACCAGCGUGCUUGGUAGCUGACUUCAAUUGAAGUGUGAUUUUCUGUCUUGAACGUCUCACAUUUCCACCUCUUCUUCUGUUGCAUCACCUCAGACUGCUACAACUGAACUGGGAGGAAAUUCAACUUAUGCGGCAUCUUGGGGAAACAUCUCUGUCCACGGUCCUGAAAUCUGCUUUCCCAAGCAUGCGUCAUGUGACUUUGCCCAGCUCUGCCUAGCUCAGCACCCAGACUGCUGGUUUCUGGAGAUUUCACGUGAGAAAAGGACAGACCUGAAACCUCUUCCCCUCUCCUCUUGUUUGGACUGUUUUAUUUUCGACUCCCCUCGCGUAUUUUUUUUUUACAGUUUAUUUUUACGCACGAUUAGAUGAUGUGGACCCUAACAGCUCUCGGAGUAUGACAAAAGAUUUUAGGAUGCUGGACUUGUGCUGCUCGUUUCGUUCCUCUUGUUUUACCUAAAUGCCAACACGGUGAAUGCGUCGGACAGAGAGGACGAGCCUGCAGCCAGUGCUCCGCAUUCAGAAAGUCAGCAUCUCGUCUUUCUUGAUUUGAUUUUUUUCUCUCUCUGGAGCGACUUCAAGGAGGAUGUAACAAGCAAUCCACCUUGCGCAGUUUAAGUCUCCCCCCCAUCAAAAUGCAGAAAGGAAUACGACUUAAUGAUGGUCAUGUCACCUACCUGGGGCUUUUGGCGAAAAAGGAUGGUACGAGACGAGGGUGCUUGAGCAAAAAGAGCUCAGACAACACAAAAUGGCACACAAAGUGGUUCGCUUUGUUACAGAAUAUGCUCUUUUAUUUUGAAAACGAGUCAAGCUCUCGACCCGCGGGAUUAUACCUGUUGGAAGGAUGCAUAUGCGACAGGGCGCCUUCACCCAAACCGUCACUGUCAGCCAAGGAGUGUUUGGAAAAGCAGGUAUGGAGAGUGCGCGCGAGCACAUACACGCAAUUAAACACACACACACGCUCUCACACUCACUACUUCAUGUUUCUCAAGCCCUCGCGUACAAGUACUGACGUGUGUGUGAUUUUUUUUUUGCUCUAUUUUGGUACCGAACAAAGCAUUUCUGCUGCACACAUUUUCUUCUCUCCAACCGCAUGAUGACCUCAAAUCUAGCGCUGCAGAACAGCACGAGGUUCCACAUUGCUGUAUUGCAAGUUAUGUAAUCCAUGCAUGGCAGUAAUGAUGAGGUAACAAUAUUAACACCUAUUGGAAUUACAGCAGCUCUGCCAAUGGGCUCUACAGUGUUUUCAAGCAGGUUGCAGCAAAAUUUUCCCCCACUGUUUUUUCUCUUUGGUUUUUGAUUACACCAUUGCAGAAUCCAAGAUAUUUCUAUUGUUUUCACAGGCAUGAUUUUUGUUUUUGUUGUUGCAAAUUUCGCUUUUGACUUUCACUCAUCAUCCUGUUGACGAUUUUGGGCGGAGAGUGAUACCUAAUGCUUCUUCCAAUAAAACAUGACAAAAGUUAUCCCCUCAGGGUUUCCAUCUUGUGGUGAAAGGAUGAAUGGCAAGCUAAAGAUGGAGAAUCAGCAGGGUGCCAAUGAUCAGUCAGCUCUGAUCCAGAUGACCUGAGAAAUAGGAUUCAUUUUUUCAUUUGCAUUAUUCACGUGACCUGUGUUGAAGAUAUCCUAUCGCACACUGGUCCAAGUGAGGACAUGUAGAAGGAUUUAUUUUUGAUCAUUAAAAAUACCUCUAAGACAUGUCAACAAGAAUGGGCAAGGUUAUCUUGAUUAUUGUGAUUAAAAAGUAAAGGAACAUUACGCUUCACUUCUAUCAGCGCUCUUCUGUCCAGGGCUCGCUGCCUGACUCUGUAGGUAGGGCUGCAAUCCAAAGUGGGCCCAGGCUCUUCCUGUGAACAGCUGCCUUUGUGCUGACAAGGCAUAAUGCAGCAUACUGGCUAGUGUUUUGCUCAAACAGUUGCUUUAAAACACACACAUACACACACAUACUCACACAAAGUCUCCAAGAAUCUUUUUUUCCCUGUCAGCGGCACCGUUUUCUCAACAUUGGGUUUCUUUCAAUUCAAUAAGCAGACGCAAGCAAACGCAGGAAAAACAGAUCUUUUCCAUCCUGGACUGAAUUCAUGACAAACUAUAGAGGAUAUUUGUUUCUCUGUGUCUUUGAACGUAUUUUCAGAGAUCAAGAGCACUGAGAUCAACUCAAAUAAUGAACGGUUAAUGUGAUUGAUGAGCCGGUCUACUGAAAAAAAUACCUCUCAGAGUAAACAAACAAACAAACAAACAACCUCAGGAAGGACAAAUACUCUAUACCUGCUAUCUUCUGAAAGCCACCUGGAUUUAAGGUUACACAGCAAUGUUUUUUUUUAAUCCACCUUAAUCCCCACAUUAUAUUUAUCCUCAAAUGCAGUUAGUGUGAAAAUGAUUAUGCGUUUGAGCGCAAGGUUUCCAUAGCAACCCUUAUUUGAAUCCUAAAGAAUGAUGCAGUUGGAAGAGGAGGAUAGCAGAAAACAAAAGUAGUUUGUCGCAUCUUUCCUGUCAAUGUGAGGGCUUUCAAAGCGAAGUUUGUACCUUACAGGGGUCGCAGUCCAUAUAUAGAAAACACAGCAGGCUCACUCGCAGGAGAAACAUCAAUUCUUUCACAAGGAGCACAAAAAUCUGCAAGUGCAAGAGAUGUUUGAUUUGAGAUAUGAGAGUCCUGCACUUUUCACUGUAGUUGAUGUUGAAAUCAACAACGCUGAUAAACUAAAGCUCUCCAUUUAAUUUAGAGUGUGUGCAAGUAAAAUGAUUGCCAGUGAUAACUGCAGUUCUCCAGGGAACAUCUCCCUGUAUAGAUCUUAUCAUAGAGUAUAGUCCAUGAAAGACCUUUAACAGUGUUACUGGAGUAGAAGAGACUUCUUUUCAAUGAGCAGCAGUGACAUAAAACAUAAAAAAAAAUCGUAAUUAUGUAAAGAAAGCCAUUAAUUGAGAAAGUAUUUACAACAGAGUCAUAUCUGUAGCUAAACAGGAGUGACAACAACAUUCAACAUCUGUGUCAAAGUAAAUACAUGAACUAGAGAUGGAGUAAAACUCAGGAGUCUUCAUGUUGAAUCUACUCUGUAUCAGACUCGCAUCACUGUUAAGAUCAGGGAUUAUUUUUGACUCGGCCAUAAAUGUAAGGCAGGAAGCAGACAGUGUGCUUAACAGUGCCUCAAACCAGACACUCACCGCAUACUCACAGAAAUCAUGAGGGAAAACUACAACAACAUGCAUGCUCCUCUGCCAGAAAUAGAUUUUCUUUGACGGUAGGGUGAAUACUUAAUGAAUGUGAAGAUGGAAGAGCAGUCAGCCAUGAAUAAUGAUCAGUCGCAGGUUGAUAGGCGCCUGUUGAACAUCUGCAGGCCAAAGAUUAGAGGCUGGGUUCCUUGAACAUGGCUAGACAACUGACAGAAACAACAGAAUUUCACUUAUGCGCAUGAGAUUGUUGUUGUUUUCCUGGCGAGUUGUGCUAUGUAGCACUCACAAAAAGGCCUUGAAUUAAAGAAUUAAAGUAAAAAAAAAAAGCUUUUAUUUAUUUUAGAGUUAUUUUAAAAUUCUCCCCAAAAUAAGGAAAUUAUUUGCAUUCCCAUAUACAAAAAUCGACAGGUUUUGUACUAACUCUUGCAUUUGAAUUUAUACUUUCUAUAUAUAUUUUCAUGUAGAAGAUGGUACACUAUUGUGCCUUAAAUGAGCAACAAAAGAUUGUUUUCUAUUCAACAUAUAAAUUUAUUUAAAAACACAAUAAAUGUUUUCAAAUUUUAGACUACAUGUUUAAAUGGCUCUUUAUAAGGGACACCCAAACUACAUAAUGAUCGACACUCUGAAAACAGAUAAUUUACCUCGGUUGAUGGCGCCUGUUUAAUCGAUUAGGUCUUGAUGAUAAUACUAAUAAUACUACUACUAAUAAUAAUAAUAAUAAUAAUAGGCUGAGAUGCAGUUGCUAGGAAACAGGUAUUGCACAGUUAUGUAAUUUGCAGUGGCUGCAGCCUCCGUGUCUUAUAGCAUUACCUUCUGGAAACCAGAGACAUCCCAGGAACUGAGCUGGGGGAGGCUUCCCCCAGUGUGCUCCAUCAAUUGCAAUGGUGGGCGAGGGCGGUGUGGCUUCCCCAGACCCUGUGUGGUUUUAAAUCACCUGCUUGAUAUCUGCAGCAGUAAGGCAGGGGAACAAACAAAGACAGAAGCAGUGGAGAAGCCUCAGUUAAAACACUAUAUGACAGAUUUAUCUAGAGAGAGAAUGUAAUCAUCAAUGGUCUUUUCUGUGUGGUAUAUUUACCAUGUCAGGUGAGCGACAGUUUUGUUGUUUCUAAUGAAAGCUUCCCCCAACCCCCACCCUCAUGUGUUUCAGUACUAUUUCACUGUCAGCUUUACACAUGAAAACCAAAAGGCCCUUGAGUUACGCACGGAAGAUGUUAAGGACUGCGAUGAAUGGGUGACUGCAAUAUCACACGCCAGGUAAAGGCACGAACAAGUGAAACAUGAAGACAUGGCAAAUAGAAGUUGAGUAUGUAAGUGAAGGAUGCUACCAUGUUACGGUUAGAUUUUAGAAAUGACUGAAAAAUGUUUUACUUACAAGAAAAACUGACUGAUUUGAUGAGUAAUAAAACAACAUAUUGAUGUCUAUUUUGUUACUGAAACUACAAAACCAUGUGUGUGUGUCUUUGUGUUUGCAUAUGUUACAGUUACAGAAACUUGGCCACAGAGCAUGAGACUCUCAUGCAGAAGUAUCUUCAUCUGCUUCAGAUUGUGGAGACGGAGAAAACAGUUGCUAAGCAACUUCGACAACAGAUAGAAGAUGGGGAAAUAGAGAUUGAAAGGCUUAAGUCAGAGGUAAUAUUCGCUGUGAUGCCUUUACACUGAAGGGUUGAUGUAAACAAGUAUGAAGUAUGAAUAAAUUAGUCAGAUUUGAGCAGAUAAUGUGCUCUGAACAGAUACCAGGAGAGUUCAAAUUUUGCAAUCAUAUUCACAACCUGGUCCUUUAAAACAUGGACACAGUUUGCCACAAACAUCACACCUCUUCUGUUCAGUCAUACCUUUCUCCAAUCUAACCUCAGCCUCCUACAAUCAGCUAAAUUUGGUCCUUACAGACAAAUCAAUAUCAGAUGUUUUUCCAAUGUCCAGAAUUGAGAACAAACAGACUUUGAUUCAAAACACAGAAAGACACAGUCAUUUUAAAUUAUUACUCAGAUAUCAAGGUUCAAAUCAUGUCUUAAAAAUAAUCCCUAAUUUGCUGUUCAGUUCAGAUAAGGCUUUACUGCUUGGUAUCCUCAAGGGCUUCAAAAUGGCUAUAAAAAGAUGAAUGGAUCAAAAUGCUUUUAGAUUUUUGUGAACAAGUUAGCAGAAGAUUGAACCUUAGAAGAAGAAGAUGGCAUUUGAUCUUAUCUUAUGUUGAUGGUAGGUCUUUGGAGUUCAGUCUAGACCUGCUCUUUGCAUCUUGAGAGAACAUUAAUCAUGAAUUGAUUCAAAACAAGUUUAUGAUCAUCUAAAAUGGAGUCUCAUGAAAAUAUUUUAUAUGUUGUAUAUUAUGUCAUCUAUCUAUCAUAUGUUAUAUAUUAUAUAUUAGCCACUUCCAGCAUCCUGUUGUUACUUGACAGCCUAGACCUGACACUAUGUUACCCCUCUGCUGGUCUCACAUCAGUCAUUAAUUUUCAUCCGGGUCCAACAUCUGCCUUAUCCAGCCAGCUUUACAAAUAAGUGAAUCAGUCAAAAAUAAUAUGUCAUGCUAAUAAUUGUUUGAUUUAUCUAAUGUGUGUAUAAAGUAAUGGAAUGGGUUGGAUAAACUGCACAGUCUCAGAGAAAAGUGUUCAAGUCAACCACCCUCCACUCUGAGAAACAAUACAUCCAACCAGGUUGUAUUCUCUGAAUCAAAUAGUCUUUUCACUUUAAUGUGCAAAUGUGAUGCUUGAAAUCAAAUUAUGUACUAAAUAUGCACAAACAGAGUGUUAAAUUGCAUCUUCUCCAUGAAACCCAAUGACAAUUAACUCCCUUGCUGUCCACAAAGUAAAGAGAAGCACUUUGCUUCGAACAGCUCAGAGCAGCUCCAGACUGUAUUUUUUGUUUACAGCUUGUUUAUCUUGUUGCCUGCCUGCUACAUAUUGCAUUUAAAUGACCAAUGUAAAUAAAUAUUGAUGCAGAGGUAGCAGCCAAGUGAGCACAGGCAGUUUAGUCAAGCGAAUGUCUCAGUGUUGACAGCGCUGACAAGUCCUGUCCUGUUUACACUGUUUCUUUGUUUACAUGCUGGUACAGUAAGUGAGAAGAAGAUCAGUCUGGAAGUGGCAAUGACUGCUCUCUUUUCUGAAUGUUUCUCUGCUAGAUUUCUGGACUUCUCAAAGACAAUGAGAAGAUUCACACAAGUCCUGCAGCCGCUCCAACUGAUGACGACUCUGAAAUCAAAAAAAUCAAAAAGGUAAACCUCGCUGUCUUGUAUUCUUACCUUAACAGCUAAUUUUGAUUAAAAAAAAACUGACCACAGUGUGUUUUAACUCCAGGUACAGAGCUUCCUGCGUGGCUGGAUCUGUAGAAGGAAGUGGAAGACAAUCAUCCAGGAUUAUAUCCGCUCACCACACGCUGAGAGCAUGAGGAAGAGGAACCAGGUUGUGUUCAGCAUGUUGGACUCAGAGGCUGAGUAUGUCCAGCAGCUUCACAUUCUGGUGAACAACUUCCUGAGGCCGCUCCGCAUGGCGGCCAGCUCCAAGAAACCGCCCAUCACCCAUGAUGAUGUCAGCAGCAUAUUCCUCAACAGGUUGGAAUUUAAUAACCUGAAAAUGUUGCACUUUGGUGUUUUUUGUUUGUUUUGAUAACACUACAUUUUUUACUAUAACACCAUUACCAAGUUCAUUAUUCUUUUGUGAAAUGCUGCUUGUAACUGGAAAUAUUUCAUUUUUGAUACUCAAGGACUGAAAGAUCCUAACUCUUGCUGUCUUACAGUUUUAGGCAUAUUUUGGACUUCAGUUUUUGAACAACCUCGUACCACAGUGAGAUGAAUAAAAAUGUCCCCAAGAGUCUAGUUUAUUUGCUGGAUCCAAGGCCAAAAACUACAGAAGACGAGAAUAGCCAUGGAUUUUUUUGUUUUUUUUUUGCACUGUUAUCUCAUAACAACUUAUAUCAUUAUCUCGGUACAACAAAGUUUGUUUUUAUUAUGAUAACAACUUAUCAUCUCAUUACCUCAAUAUAACAAAGUUCAUUUUCUUGUGAUAACAAAUUAUUUUAUAUUGUUUAUAUAACAAAAAUUGUUUUCUCAUGAAAACAAAUUAAUAAUGUGUCCGAUUGUUAUUGACCGAUUCGUGCAUGGCAGUUAAAUGUUCCCACAUUGAAAGCGUAAUGAACAUGGUGGAGCGCGACAUCAGCAUUUUCAUGGAAAACCACAGCUUGCUGUUGACAACAGUGGCUGCAGAGUUUUAGAAAUAUCCUGCUAUGGAGGGUGUUUUUAAAAGUUACUCAUGAUAACAAUAAUAAUCAGUUAUCACAAGAAAACAAUCUUUGUUUUAUGGACAUAACAAAAAAGAAAAACUCCAUGGUCGUUCUCGUCUUCCAUAAAAAAAAUCCAGUGGGUGCAUGCUUUUUUUUUACUAUUUUGCAUUAGCUACUAGCUGAAUGCUGUUUUACUGAUUAACUGUUCUUUAUAAUAUAACGGUUAAUACAGCAGUUAAGAGAAAGGACAAGCUCAACUGCGACACAUCUAAUACCUACUGUACUGCUUCUGAUGACUAUUUAGUUAUCAUUUGUUGUAGUAUCUACCAGGACUGAUGAUGUUUAAUAGUAAAUGAUGUCAUGUUUAUUGUUACGAAAACCAAAGAGAUUGUAUCAUCAUGGUCAGUUUCAUGUCAGCGUCUUGCCUCACUCUGUUGCGGCUGUUCUGUGUAUGACAACACAUUAUCCCUUAUAUCUGAUGGUUUACCAGCUGGGUUGAAUGAUUAUUUUUCCUGUUUUGUAGCACCUCGGAGUGAUUAGCAUGUGUGUCACCAAGGUUAUUUGCAAGGUCUGAAGAGGUUGCACGACACUGUUUUGUGACACCUUCUUUAUACAGGUUUCAGUAAGUCAGAGGGAUCACAUGGAGGUGUUGUUUCAGAAGAUGACUAAUAGUUGUCGUUGUUGUUGGUAGUGGAAAGAUUGAGGCAGAGACAUUGCUUCUCCAGACAAAACACCAGACAACAGCUUUGCUUUUGAUCCACAUACAGAGUAUCAAGAUUGAGGGUCCAGAUUUAAUUUUGUGCUCCUCCAGAGAAAAUCUCCCCCAGAACCAACAGGCGGUGAAAAUAGAAAUCUGCAUGCACCCUUUUUGGCCAAUUCAAAAUCCAUCCAUAUAUCAUCCCAGCUCUAAGUGUCCUAAACCUGUAAAUUCAAGCUAUGAGUUAACACAAAUUAAAAAGUCUUGAGAAUUCUGAAUACAAACUAUACUUAUUGAAAUCAACUAUCACUUUCCUAUUCUGUUUUUCUUUCAGUGAAACCAUCAUGUUUCUACAUCAGAUAUUUUACCAGGGUCUGAAAGCCAGAAUAGCGAGCUGGCCAACAUUAGUGCUGGGUAAGCCUCCUUCCUCUUUCUUUCUCUCAUCUUAUUUUAUGCUCUUGGUAUUGUUUGUGUUGAUUUUACAGUAGUUUGGUAUUGAUCUUUGCAUAGCCGACCUGUUCGAUAUCCUGCUGCCCAUGCUGAAUAUCUACCAGGAGUUUGUGAGGAACCACCAGUACAGCCUACAGAUCCUGGCCCACUGCAAGCAGAACCGAGACUUUGAUAAGCUCCUGAAGCAGUACGAGGCAAAGCCUGACUGUGAGGAGAGGACUCUGGAGACCUUUCUCACCUACCCCAUGUUCCAGGUUGGCCUAUUUGUUGGCUUAUUUGUCACUUUCACUGAUAUACAUAAAAAAUAAAGGCAGACCAAUUUGUUUGCUGCAAAGCAUCAGCCUUAAAACUAGAGUCUUUAAUUGUCAUUAAUUCUGAGCUAGCACAACCACUUUGGGCCAAGUUGUUCUCCUCACAUAUAAAUGUUACCCUUGGGAUAACCCUAACCCUAAUUUAACAACUUCAUACUUGUUGGCUUUAGCUAUGCCAAUGAAACCUAGUUGUUGCUGUCUGUACAGAUAUUCUUGAUUUCUCUUGAAUAAGCGAUCAAACCCUCACAUACAACAACCUUUUAAUCAAAAACUUUCAUCUUUUAAUAUUUUCCAUUGCUGUUUUGACUGCACACCUUAAUUUUUGACUAAUUUUCUCUUUUAUGUGUUGUACCUGUUAAAAUUUAUGAUCCGUUUGCAAAUGUUAAAUCAACUGAAACAUGUAUAUAUGAACAGAUGAUGAAUAAUAAUUUCCAUUUAGCAAUAAUAUCAUGACUGUGUUUUUCGGCUCUCUUAGUCAGGACCUGACCACCAGAAACCACAUCCUCUCCAGCUUACAUUUGCUUUAUAAGCUAUAUCCCAUAUUGCAGCAGUACUGUUCAAGAACAUUCAUCUGCUGUUGCUCAAAAUAUCCCUGUAGUUUUUUUCAUGUCUAUAAAAAGCGGUUGUUUUUUACAGCUCAGGUUGUAAUAACUGUUCCUUUCUAGCGAGGCAAGCACUUUCCUGAUGGUCCACUCUACUGGGGCCUACAGCAGGCUGCGCUGUCUUAAUGAUACAUUUCUGCUGAUGAAUGAAGAUAGUGCUCUCAAUUGAUCUACAACUCAUUAGUUUACAUGCAUGUGUGUAUUGCAUUUUUGUUAACGAUGCAUGCAUUGUUAAAUACAAGUGUGACCCCUCCUGUUCUUGUUUUUCUUACUCUGUAGAUUCCCCGCUACAUCCUGACACUUCAUGAGCUCUUAGCCCACACACCCCAUGAACAUAUCGAGAGAAACAGUCUGGACUACGCCAAGUCUAAGCUGGAGGAACUUUCCAGGUAUUAACAUCCAACGUAACUUCAAGACCUCCCGGUGAACAUUUUCUGUUGAAAAGACAUUUCUGAAACAUCUUUGGUCAUCACUGAGGAAGGGUUCAAUAAAAGUUGGGGAUGCAUGCAUAAGAGAAGAAAAUGAAUUUAGCCUCUAAGAUGAAACCCAUUAUAAAAUCAUGAGUUUAAAAACAUAUACCAACAGUUAAAUGUCCUCUUCCUGCAGGAUCAUGCAUGAUGAAGUGAGUGAAACUGAAAACAUCAGGAAGAAUCUGGCAAUAGAGCGCAUGAUUGUGGAGGGCUGUGAAAUUCUUCUGGACACCAGCCAGACCUUUGUGAGACAAGGUAAGUCCUGCAGUCAAGUUUGGUACUUCAAUACCUCCAAUUAUACAAAGAAGCGGAACAACAUAGGGCCAACCAUACACUACAGUAAUCCAUUUUAUUAGAAGAGUCACUAACUUGACAUUAAAAUAGUUGCCUAGUGAGGAGAGUCUUGAGUUUUUGGUAAUGAUGCAGUUAUGGGGCUAACUGUUUCCUGACAAAGUAUCAAGUUUCUCCUUAUGCUCCAUUUUCAGAAUACCUUACUUCCUUUCUUCUUCACUUUCUCCUCCUAUUUUGAUUUGCACAUUAUACAGGAUCUCUCAUCCAGGUGCCGAUGAGUGAGAAGGGCAAGAUUACCCGUGGGCGGCUGGGCUCUUUGUCUCUGAAGAAAGAAGGGGAGAGGCAGUGCUUCCUCUUCUCCAAGCACUUAAUAAUCUGUACCAGAGGUUCAGGUGGAAAGCUUCAUCUCACCAAGGUGGGAAUGUGCUGUUUAGUUAUGGUGGAUGAAUUUUUUUUUAACAUCCCAUCACACCCUGAAAGCAAGAAAAUAGCAUCAUGUUUAAUUAAGAGUGCAUGCUACAUCAGGAUAAAAAGUAAAAAAAAAAAAAAAAAGAUUAGCAACCCUCUACAGCUGAACAAUUAAAGCUUAAAUUUGAUGCAAAGAUUUGUGUAGUUGUAAAAAGUUGCACUUCUCUGCAGGUUUAUUAAUCUCAACAUUUAAAUCUUUAAAUUAUAAUGUGUAAGAUUUGCUCAAAAACCUAACCUGUUUGACUCCACUUGCUUUGGCUAUCAAAAGUAUGUUUUUUCAAUUUCACCUCUAGAGGAAGAAAAUUGGUUUUCACCAAUGGUAGCGGGAUCCACUAUUUCCACUGGAUGCAAAUUAUCCUCACAGGCACAAGGGAUUCACAGGAAAUGAUGCAUGCAUGUAAUCCAGUCAUUGCUGCUUCUAAUUUUAUCUCAGUGAUUGCAGACUUAUUGUUUACUCCCCCGGCCAUAUCAGAGCUGUAUUAUAAAAAAGAAAACGAGCUAAAAGACACAGAGGUUAAUUGUGGUGACAGUCUUUUAGGUGACUACUCCUCAUGGUGUUCAAGUAAGUUGACCUGAUUAGCAUUAGCAUAACUUGUUAUGUCAAGCAUAAAAGUGCGUCAUGUAAACAUGUCGAUCGAAAGAUUCUGAUCCAAUGCGGCUCAAUCGGAGAGAAAUUAUUUUUCGAUCGAGAGGGGUUGUUUGUGUCGAUCGUUAUUCAAACGCGUCCAUGUAAACGGUUAUACCGAUCGUGACUCUCUUACCUGACUCGAUCUUCACUCUUUAGUCUUUGGCUUAUUUAUUGAGGUCAGUACAGGAUGUUUCAUUAUUAACACUCACAAAAAACACAACCGCAGGUACCAUGUCUGCUCCUCCGGUAACAAAACAAGGCGUACAUACAGCGUAAUGAUGUCACAUCUACACGCACAGUGCAGUCUUUGCAGAACAGUAAAAUAAGUACGCAAGGGCGCCAUCAAGUGACAACAUUUAACGGGGGGAAACUCCUGAAUUGGAUGGAGUGAGCCACUACUGCAUUUGUUGACAGCACAGGCGUCAAUACUACUCUUCUUCUGCGGUUGUUUAAGCGAAAUCAGACAACUCUGCGCAUGUCCAAACGAUUCUAAUCUGAAACUUGGUUCAUGUAUACGCACGUUAUGAUCGGAUUAUUUGGUUUUGCACCCAUAUAAACAGUGGAUUCAGAUUAGCCGAUCCCUCAAAUUUUUAAUCGGAUCUAGAAAUUGUGCACAUGUAAACAUGGCUACUGUUACCUAAUAUUUACUUCAGCAGAGUUUAAUUUACAAGCAGCUGAGUGGCCGCUUCUUAUGUAGCCUUCCUAAACAACACUUGUUUCAUUUGAAGUAUGUUCUUAAGUAAAUUCAGCAAUCAAAGUUCAAACUAAUAACGUUGAUACAAACUCAGUAAUUUAAGGUGUGUAAGAAGAACUGAAUGUUUAUGAUGUCUUGUUUGCAGAAUGGAGUGGUCUCCCUCAUAGACUGCACUCUGAUGGAGGAUCCUGAAGGGACAGAUGAUGAGUGUAGGUGUUUGACUCAGAAAAAAAUGUGCAUUAAAUGAUUUCAAAAGUAUGUCACAAUUAAGUUAAGUAAAAGUUAAAAAACGGAAAAAUCGUGUUGAAUGCAUGCAGUGACAUGAGAGACAUGCACAGACUGAAAGUGAGGAAAUUAUAUCUAAUCGAAUCUGUGUGCUUGACCUAUAGCCAAAUCAGACAAAAGCAGCCAGGACAUGGAACACCUGGACUUCAAAAUUAUUGUGGAGCCAAAAGACAGCCAGUCGUUCACAGUCAUCCUGGUCGCCUCCUCAAGGCAGGAGAAGUCUGCAUGGAUCAGCGACAUCAGCCAGGUAGUCAAUGAGCACCAGAGGUCCCAGCAGUCACAUGAAGAAGCUGAAGAUGUAUGCAUGUAACAGAGCUUGCUAACUCUGUCCUCUCUUGUCAUUUACAUCCGUUCUGCAGUGUAUAGACAACAUCAGGUGCAAUGGGCUGAUGAUGAACGCUUUUGAGGACAACUCCAAAGUCACAGUGCCACAGAUGAUCAAGUCAGGCUUGAUUGAUUUCAAAUAUGUAACUUUUUCAUGAUGUCCCCAUUGUCUUGGCAUUAAUUUCCACAUAUGUGUUUAUUUAUUUAUUGUUUUGAGCAGGUCAGAUUCAAGUUUGUACUGCGACGAUGUCGACAUUCGCUUCAGUAAGAUGAUGAACUCCUGCAAGGUGCUGCAGAUCCGCUAUGCUAGUGUUGAGCGCCUGCUGGAGAGGCUGACGGACCUCCGUUUCCUCUCCAUUGACUUUCUCAACACCUUCCUGCACUCGUAUCGUGUGUUCACCACUGCAGAUGUGGUUCUGGACAAACUCAUCACCAUCUACAAGAAACCCAUCAGUGCUAUCCCUGCUCGGUGAGUCACCUCAUACUUGAAGGCUGUUGACAGUUUUCACGGCAGACGUACGAGUCUUGUUUGAUAAGUUUGUCAUCAUUGCGGCAAAGAGACUCGAUUCCCCUGUUUUAAUGAUUAUUGCUUUGCUGGCCUCUUAUCAAUGUCGCAGUUUCAAGUCUUAACUGCUGUGGCAUAACUAGUUUCUAUCUAUAUUUGCAUAUUUAGUUUAUGAGUUUGUGAGUAGACCUAUUGUGAGUAAUCAUGCCUGAUUAAGAACAGGUACAGGGUGCAUGUAAAGGAGUACAACACUAAUAUGUGGACAAAGUGAUAGAGCUAUAGAUAUAAGUACACAGCAAAAUUCUGUUUGGUGAUUCUUUGGCCAAUCACACAGAGUAAAUAAGAGGCUAAAUCUAAAACACUAAGAGUAAGGACAAUGAGAUUGAUGGACAGAAAGAUAGGUAAAGUGAGUGAUAGAUUUGGAGGUAGAGUUAAUGUAAGAUGGUGUGAAAGAGAGAUAAAUAGAUGAGUAGAUGAGUGAUAGAGUCAACACAGUCAGGGAGAAGAUGAAGCAGUAGAAGAAGUAUCACUAUGUGAAGGCUUGUGCGUCUGUAUGUGCAUGUGUGUGUGUUUCUAAAUGGAUUUAUGUGUAUGUUCUGUCGUCAAAGGUGGUAUUUUGGUCUAGUCUCUUGCCUGGAAGUGUCUAAACUGGGCUCUGACGCUCUAUGGCAACCAACCUUGGUGCUGCAGGACCCCUCCCUCCCUCUCUCUCACUCUCUCCUUGUCUGAAAAAAGAUCCAUAGUGUGAAAUAUUGACGGAGUGUUGCAGUGGGGCGAAGUCGUUACUCUUUAGGCCAUGAGCGAGGGCCUCGCUGUGGGGUUGAGAUCACGGAGGGCUCCCCAUGCCCACGCCCUGCAGCAAGCUCUCCCUGUGGUGCUUGUCAUGUCACUGUGAGACACCUACACUCGGCUGCUUGUGUCAGCAGUGGCCAUGCGCACUAUCACUCGCUGAGCUAUUUAUGGGAACCCGUGAGGUCGCCAGGAGGGUGGCAGAGAAAGGGAGAGGUUUUCUGCAACACUGCAGCUUGUAGUCUGCUCUAAAACAAGGAGACGCGACAGCAGAGAGACUUCUGGUUGCUGGGCUGACUUGUUUUGCAUUAAUUAUUUAGGAGGUGUUAUGUAUUUAGCUAAGCUCUCACAACAUAGACCGAAUAUGAAAGAAACAUACCCCUGUGCCCUAAUUUCAAAUGCACAUUUCCUCCCCCCGAUGCAGGUCCUUGGAGUUAUUCUUUGCAAGCAGUCAGAACAGUAAACUCUUGUAUGGAGAGCCUCCCAGCUCCCCUAGGGCAAGCAGGAAGUUCUCCUCCCCUCCUCCUCUUGCUAUCGCCAAGAAUUCAUCCCCAAACCGCCGGCGAAAGCUCUCCCUCAACAUCCCCAUCAUCACUGGGGGCAAAGCUCUUGACCUGGCUGCCCUCAGCUGCUCCUCAAAUGGCUAUGCAAGCAUGUAUUCAUCCAUGUCUCCAUUCAGUAAGACUACCUUGGACAUCAACAAACUGUAUGUGUCCAGCCCUAUCGCCAGCAAAAUCUCUGAUGAGGGAGAGGACAAGAGGGACAAACUGGAGGAGACUUCAGUGUGCAAACAAGGUAGGUCGGCUGGAGCCAAUCCUCGGGUAUAAUUCUUUCAUUUGCUUCCUUGAAUGAUCCUUCAGUGACCUUUUUGAUCCUUUUUGUCAUGAUACAGAUCUCUCUGUACGGGAAGAGAGUGACAAUGAUCAGAACCAGAGUGAUGACGGGGAUGCAGAGGCCUCGCCUACGAAGUCACCCACCACACCAAAAAAUAUCAAAUGCAAAAACUCCUCAGGUACACAGUGUUCUCAUGAUGUGCAGUGGCGUUUUUUAUGGUUUCAUAUCGAUACCCAAGCUUGUAAACUGCAUACUAUGAUAAAUCAACCAACCCGUCCUUUCAUGGGUCCCUUUUACUUUCAUAAAACCACAUAUAAAUACUCUAAGUUUGAAAAAACAUAUUCUGAUGUCAGCUAGACUGUGUGUGAGUUAUUGCUUUCUUCUCGAGAUAGUUUGCAGUUGUUAAUUUGUUAAAAUGUCUUGUGCCAGACAGGACAAAAAAGAAACUGUAAAGCACAAUUUACAUAAAAUGUUAUGCUGUAGAUGGGUUCUAAUCACGCAAGGAAAGCCAAUGCUUGGCUCCAGUGGGUGUUAGGGAAACUUGUGUCAUAGCAACUGCAUCAGAAGCGUGUUUUCCUUCCCGCCCCCGGUAAUGAGGCUGUUUCAUUUGAGCCAAGAUUAUCUGUGCUUUCUAAAUCUUAUGACAAAACACAACUCUAUUGUGUGAGGGGAAGAAAUAAAUGAAAACGUGUAGCAGAGACUGCCUCUCUGCUCGUGGUUAAGGAUUCCUAACAGCUUAUGAUCCGUCUACACAUGCAGGACAGAAACAUAGCAGACUGCAGAGAAUCUGUUUAUUCCUCUGUUAUGCUGAUAUUUGGUGGCUAUAUUUAGCUGCAACCAUCUUGAAUAUCAAAGCCUCUUGUAAAGUCUGGGGGAGCUGUGAUAUUGUCCUCUAGUGCCCUCUAGUGGAUAUGUAUGCAACCAAAAGUGGACCAUUUUGCAGUCAGUACAGACUUAGCUUUAUCUUGUUCUACUGGAUAAAGAGCACUUAAAUUUUUUAACACCUUCAGUUACUCUGGAUGUAAAAGCUUUCUGUUGUUUUAUUUCUCCUUAAACUGGAAACCCAUUUAAUUCACACACCAUUAAAUCAAUCUAUAACUGUGCUUUUUGCAGAGUUCUCUCUGUUUUCCUACAACAAUGGCAUGGUAAUGCCUUCAUGUCGAGAGUUGGAUAACAACCGCAGUGCCCUGUCUGCUGCCUCAGCCUUUGCUAUUGCCACAGCCGGGGCGAAUGAGGGCACGCCUACCAAGGAAAAAUAUCGUCGGAUGUCCCUCGCCAGUACUGGUAGACACACACUCGCAUCAUUACUGUAAUGCAUACUGUAAUGCAUACUAUUGUUAUGCAUUGUUAUUGUUACGCAUACGAUUUUACUAUCUUGUGUUGUAUAUAGUGUACAUACUUGUACAUUGUAAAACAGUAUACAUAUUGCAUAUUUGAUUAUUUCUUUAUUUUUUCUUAUUUUAUCUAUUUAUUUAUCUCCUAUUUCUACUUUAUUUGCACUGGAGUUACUGCAUCAAAAGCAAUGUCCCCCUGGGGAUUAUUGAAGUAUUUCUGAUUCUGAUUAAUGAGCAGGGCUGCUAUAACCAAACAUCUCCGAACUGCUGCAUAUCAGGCCAUGUUUGCUCUGAAUUUAGAGAUCCAUUGAUUUCCUAAAAAUGGAUUAAAUACUUCUUUUCUUCAGGCUUCCCAACAGACCAGAGAAAUGGAGACAAAGAGUUUGUGAUCAGACGAGCUGCCACCAACAGAGUCUUGAAUGUCCUGAGGCACUGGGUGUCCAAACACUCUCCGGUAAAAUAUCCCAAUUCAAUCCUGGUUUGACUUUUAACAUUUCUUAAUUACAUUUUUUUAGUAAAUAAGUAUUGAAUAAGCAUUUUUUCCUAAACUGGUUGAAAUGUCCUAAUCUGCUUUGUCACGCCAUAACUUGAAUGAAGAAUCCUGUUUCUGUCAACCCCCCAAAAAAACCUAAAAUGCCUAAAAUAUAAUGAAAUAAGAUUUUGGGGCUUUUAGCUGAAGCGAUUUCAUGCACGUUUUGCUGGCGUCUUAAAAUUGAGUAUGCAAAAGCUCUGAAAACUUUAAAAACUAAAUAAAUAUUUAUUUUUUAAGAUUUUUCAUCAAAAUAAAAUGAGUAAAGAAAACAAAGAAAUUUUACGCUUGAAUAGUGAUGAAAUGUUGUUUUUAACCCAUCUGUUGGUGUGCUGUUUUUCCUUCUCCAGGACUUUGAAAGUAACAAUGAGCUAAAAACAAAAGUUAUAGCCUUCCUGGAUGAGGUGAUGCAUGACCCUGAGCUACUAACCCAGGAGAGGAAAGCAGCAGCAAACAUUAUCAGGUACUGUUUGAUUUGUUAUGAUGUUCCUGGGUAAGCGCAACUUUCUAAAAGAUGCCAUAAACAGUGCACCUAAUUUAAAGCUUGACUUCUCCUUUACUGUGUGUCAGGACCCUAACUCAGGAAGAUCACGGUGACAGCCAGAUAACCCUUGAGGAUGUGACUCCGCUGGUGAGUGAAGUCAGAAUCACCUGCUCUUAACAGUGAAAAUCAACGUGGUGUUGAGGAGUUUCAAAGCUGCAGGAGCAAAAUUGUGACACAGAGAUAUUUAAAACUACAAACAUAAGUUAACAUUUCAUCCACCUUUAGGAUAAUCCUUUGCUUCAUUGAAUAAUUAAUCGGCCAUUUAGAGGCUGAUAAAUCUGAGAGACUCACAUUUGACUUCUGUCCUUUGCUAAAGCCUGACUCAUCUUAUUCAUCAUAAAGUCAUUUCCAGCUCUUAUGACUGCAAAAAGAUUUGUACCAACUUAGUCAGAUUCAGAUGUUUUCAGGGCACAUUUUUCCAGUCCAAAUAAGAUAAAAACAUUGGAAACUAUUGUCCUUCUGAAAGAAGAUUAAGACCACUCAAAAAAAGUGUAGGUACAUUUUUUAAUUGAUUUUUUUCUUUGAGAUAAAUGAAAAAAAUCUGACUUUUUCUAAAAAUUCUUGGAUCAAAGUUUGAAUUCUGAGAAAAGUCAAAAUUAUGGACCUCAGAAUUGACUAAAUAGGUUAGAAUUUUACUUUAAUCUCAUCAUAUUAAGAAAAUUCUGACCUCUUAUUUAGUGGCCCUAAUCCUCUCUGUACUAAAGCAUACUCGACAUAUAAGCAAUUUUUUCAUUUUGCUCUUUUUUACCUACUUGCUACUUUAUUUUCAGUUCCCUGGAGUAUUUCUAAAUCAUUUUUGGUUGGUUUUGUGUAUCUUAGAUGGGAGGAGGGAGGGCAGACCCCUUUGAGAGCCAUUCUGCGUUGGAGAUAGCCGAACAGCUCACUCUGCUGGACCACCUGGUGUUUAAAGUCAUCCCAUAUGAGUGAGUGCCGUCAUAUCUGAGCUGCGCACAUGAAGACCAAGUUGAUUAAUUCACUGUCGGCUCACUCAUUUUAUUGAACUGUGCGCCUCACAGGGAAUUCUUUGGGCAAGGCUGGAUGAAGAAUGACAAAAACGAGAAGACGCCAUACAUCAUGAGAACUACAAAGCACUUCAAUGAUGUAUGUCCUCCUCAACAAGCAUUUCACACAAUUUUUCUUCUUCUGUCAGUCGUCAAACAGCAAGCAGAGUUAGACAUUUUUUUCCCUUUGCAAGGUAAGCAACCUGAUUGCCACAGAAAUCCUGCGCUGUGAGGACGUGGUCACUCGUGUUGUCGUCAUAGAGAAAUGGGUGGCUGUAGCUGACAUCUGUCGCUGUCUCCACAACUACAACGCUGUGCUCGUGAUCACCUCCUCUCUCAACCGCAGCUCUGUCUUCCGUCUCAAGAAGACCUGGCUCAAGGUUUCCAAACAGGUAUGUGUCAUGAAACAGGACUCAGAGUGUGUGGACACAUAUGCAAGACACCACUCCAGUAGGUCUAAAAGACUCAAGUUUAAUAAAUUAAGCAGAGGUCAGUAUAUGGUAAAUCAGACAGCAGAGGCAGAGGUAUCCAAAAAGGGCUGAGGCACAAAGGCAAGGUCAAAAACCAAGUAAAGAUCUAUACACAACAUGACUAUGACUGCUGGAAUGAAGACUGGAGAGUGCAAUAAACCGGCAACGAAACAGUAGCUGUGUUUACAUGGGCACAAAUAAUCGGAAUAAAUGCCCGAUCGGAAUAAAAAUGCGUCAUGUAAACAUGUUGAUCGGAAGAUUCUGAUCCAAUUCAGCUUAAUCAGAUAGACAUUGUAUUCUGUUCAAGAGGGGUAGUUUAUGCCGAUUGUUAUUCCUAAACACGUCCAUGUAAACACUUCUUCCGAUCGUGACUCUCUUCCCUGACUCGGUCUUCACUCUUUAGUCUUUGGUUUAUUUAUCGAGUACAGUUCAGGAGGUUUCAUUAUCAACACUCUGGCAUAAAACACAACCAGGUGCCGUGUCUGCUCCUCCGGUAACAAAACAAAGCGUACAUAAUGAUGUCACAUCUGCACGCACAGUGCAACCUUUGACAGAACAGUAAAAUAAGUACGCAAGGGCGCCAUCUAGUGACGACAUUUAACAGAGGGGAAAACUCCUGAAUUGGAUGGAGGUAGCAACUACUGCGUUUGUUGACAGCAAAGGUGUAAAUACAACUCUUCUUCUGUGGUUGUUUUAGAAAAAUCUGACAACUCUGGGCAUGUCCAAAUGCUUAUAAUCUUUAAAUUUGGUGCAUGUAUACGCACGUCAUGAUCGGAUUAUUUGGUUUUGCACCCAUAUAAAGAGUGGAUUCAGAUUGUCCGAUCCCUCAGAUUUUUUAAUCGGAUCAAGAAAUUUUGCACAUGUAAACAUGGCUAGUGAGACACAUGAGAUGAAAUACAAGAGGUAAUGAGGUUGUGACGAGACGGGGGCAGGGCAGACCAGACAGGAACAAAGCUAAAAGACAAAAACAAGGGUUAGUGGACUACCAAAAUAAACAAGAAACAAAACAUGAAUGUGCCAAAAUAAAGGACACUUCACCAAAAUAAAUAUACAGAAAUAAAAGGAAACAUAACCGACAUGACAGGAUGUAUCUCCCUACACUGCUUGUCUUUGAUAAGGUGCCUCCUGUCAUCAGUCUCUGUUUUCUUUUCAUGUAGACAAAAGCACUGAUUGACAAGCUGCAGAAGUUGGUGUCAUCUGAAGGGAGGUUCAAAAACCUGAGAGAGGCUCUGAAGAAGUGAGUUCACCUUAAGGACAACAUUUUGGACAGAAUCAAUAAAAAAUAUAUAAACUAUAAUGAUGUGUUUGUAUCCCCACCACUAGCUGCGAUCCUCCCUGUGUGCCCUACCUGGGAAUGUACCUCACUGACCUGGCUUUCAUUGAGGAGGGGACACCAAACUACACUGAGGACAACUUGGUCAACUUCUCCAAGAUGAGGAUGGUGAGAUGUUUGCUAUCGAAAGAGAGACUAUGUGCAGCUGUGUCUUUCUUAUUACUGUCAGAUUAAAAUUUUUUUUUUUGUUUUUCAGAUUUCUCACAUCAUCAGAGAGAUCAGACAGUUUCAGCAAACAUCUUACAAAAUUGACAUGCAACCAAAGGUAAAUGGAUUUCAAAACAGGCAAUGAGUGGUGAGCUACUCUCCUCCCAUUUGAUUUGGGACACUGGAAAGAUGGAGAGUAUGCUCGCUCCAUCAGCUUUUUCAGUGCCUAAAACAUGGGAGACGUUAAGUUAUUUUGACCACUUUAAUAUUUUAGACAUGUUGGUUCCAAACUUUUACAUGUUUAUAAUCUAAUCUCUAUGAUUUAUUGUUCUGUUUCUAUAAUUCUGUGGGGCUUAAAUUCUCCAGUGAUUCCCAACAAAGGUUAGAUUAGGGAAAUUGUUUCAUUGUAUUCUGAAAAAAGUACUUUUCUGCUUUUCAAACCUCCCAACCCCUCAAACCUUUCGUGAUACAAUAGCGGCAAUCUUCACAUUCAAGAUAUUGCAAGUCAUAGAUGGUAGAAAAUGUGGGUUUCUGACAAGUACCAGGAAGGAAAACCACUUUAAAAAACAUUACAAACUGAUAUGUAUUUUUUACAGAGCCCCCAAAGUCCCUCAAAGGAAAUCAUUUUUAUAUUGUGCCCACAUGACAGUAAGUAGUUCAGGAAGCAGUUAUGUACCCUGUCUCUUGCCAUAUAUGAUGAAUCAUGCAUAAACAUUACUUUUUCUCCAGGUUUUCUGACGACAGCAGAGAUAGAUAUGAUCUCUCACAGCCGCCUUUGAAGCAGUUUGAAGAUAGAGAAACUGCUUGAACACAAAAAGCAAUUCUUUAGUAGGAUAGUGCAACACCACAGGGACUAACGUUAAAGCUAUGAUCUAUCAAGCAAAUCCAUACCAUCACUUUAGAGUUUGAUAACAAUUUCAGAGCUUCUCUCCACCAGAGCACAUGGAGAAACUCUUCUUUCACCAAGAGAAACUGACUUAAGUCUAUUUUUUCAAGUUGGGCUAAUUUUAUAAACACAACAUGGGUGACAUCUCUCAACUUAUGUACUUAUGUCAAUGUCAAUGUCAAUGUCAAGUUUAUUUGUAUAGCACAUUUAAACAGCCAGUGGCCUACCAAAGUGCUUUACAAUAACGAAGCAGUAGCAAUAAAAGCAAGUCAUACACAGCAAACAGCAACAACAGACAUGUAACAUAUAAAUGUGAACAAAAACAAAUAUAUAACCAAUACAAGUAUCAUACUCCGUCAAAAGCUAAGGUGAACAAGUGCGUCUUCAGUUGGGUUUUAAAAGUAGAGAGACUAUUUGCAGUACGCACACUUAGGGGUAGUGCAUUCCACAAAGUAGGAGCUGCAACCGCAAACACUCGCUCCCCUCUGGAUUUUAAAAACGAACGAGGCACGUCUAAGACGUCUCGGUCAGCAGACCUAAGGGCUCUGGAGGGUUGGUGUAGCAUAACAAGGUCAGCAAGGUACUCUGGGGCCAGCCCAUUCAGAGAUUUAAAAACAAAUAAAAGAAUCUUAAAAUCGAGUGUAGAGAAGAGAGCACUGGAGUUAUGUGCUCGCGCUUCUUGGUGCCAGAAAGGAGGCGAGCUGCCGCGUUCUGCACGAGCUGCAGGCGGUUAAGCUCAGCCUGGUCAAUUCUGAAGUAAAGGGAAUUGCAGUAAUCCAAGCGAGAAGUAAUAAAAGAAUGGAUUACUGUUUCCAGGUCUCUCUGGUUGAGAUAUGGUCCCUGCAGAUGAUCAGUCUCUGUGUUAAGUCAAAUGACUAGAAUCAAAUGGAUUUGGUGACAAACAAUGGUUAGUAAUGGAGGGAUCAUUACCACUGCUGCGCUAAACAAGAUCAUAACUCAUAAAUGAUCACCUUUUGAGACUUUCAUGCUUUUUUAUUUGUCUUUCUACAGCUGGAGUUUUUGCUCUUAGUUGCACCUAAAUCUAAACUUGUAUCUAAAAUGUUUAAAAAGAAAAUACUGCAGUUUUUUUAUAAGAGGUCAACCCUUUAAUUAAAAAGGGUCUCCAGGUGGACCGCUGAUUUAGUCAACAUAAUGUGACACCUUUUGUGUUUUGUUUUCUAUAUUUUUAUAGAGUAUACAUUUUUUUAGGGGGUUUGUCUGUUUUUCUUCUUACUUUAAAGGAUUUUAUCAAGAAGCUUUUCUUUCCUGUUUUUCAGGUAGCCCAGUAUCUGCUGGACAUGAGCUUUAUUCUGGAUGAAGAAAGCAUGUACGAAUCCUCACUCAGAAUUGAGCCCAAAGUGCCAAACUGAAGUGGAAGUUGGUUAUCAACAUGGUUUUCUCUGUUAAUAUUAUACAAGCUCACAUGCACAUCCACUUUUGUAUAGUUGUACAUGUUUAAGAUAUUUACUCUUCUGUACAGUAGAUGUUUGAAGUUGUUUGACGCAUCAUCUUUUAAGGUUUUUUCUUUUUCUUUUAAUUUGAUUUAAUUUGAUUUUUUACCAGUGCCAUGACGCCGACUGCUUUUUAUUUUUCUGGGGUAUUUCAGGCAUAAUAACAGAGGUCACAUUGGAAAAACACAACUGUGUCUGUUCAGUGACCAAUGACAUUAUUUUGCAUCAUCUCAUACUGUGUCGACUUUGCACUUCCCAAGCACUAGUGCUGCUGGCUGUUGUUCUCUUUGCUUGAUUUUUAUCGAUGACUAAGUUUCUCUGCAACCAAUGUAGCAUUGUAAAAAUGUAACUGUAACAAAUCAGGUAAAAGAGCACAGAGAAUAUAACUGCUUUUAAAGACAAAGAACAUAGAGCGGAGAAGACAACAGUGGGAUUUCUGAAACAAGGCUGUCUUUGUGUUUUCCAAACCAAAGCAUGAGGGUUUUUUUCUUCACCUCUGCUGAAAACUAUUUCGUCAUGGAGCUGCUUCUGGCCCCUGCAAAUCAUUUUGAUAUAGAAAAUUAGAUAAAGGCCUAAUGUGCUGACAAACUGGUUAACGUUCCUCUUACAUGAACUUCUUUUAUGAUCACUAACCAGCAAAUUAGCAUUGCAGCCUCUUUGUCAUGCAGCAAUGGUGGCGUCAUGAUAGUCAGUAAUGUGCAUCAGAGGUCUGGUACCCUGCUCUGAAACACAUAUCUCCAUGAACAUAAAUCUGACCUGCUGUAAAGAGAGAAACCCAUGACGUGUGCACAAACCCAGCGUUGGCACAACAGUUACGUUUUGUUGUUGGUUUCAGGCUGCAUAACAUUAUAGGUUGUGAUAUAAAGGGGCUGUAUUCCCCCUAGAUUGCAAUGAUUUACGGGGACAAAUAAACAGAUUUACUGUCACACAUAAGUACAGCCCAGUUUUUUUUCCUCCUAUGUUCAAAUUUUAUGUUUCUUAAAAGAAAAAAACACACAAGUAGUGAAAGUAUUACACCUUCAGGUUUGGGGAUACUUCUGUCGAGGAUGUUGCUCUUCUGUAAUUAAAAGACAAUCUGUCCUUUUUGCUGUUCCAGUGAUUGUGGAACGUGACUGUAUAUCACUCUGUUAUAUGCAUUGCUGUUUCAAACUAUGAUAAACUGUAUGUGAAUGACCUCUGCCUGCAGCAUUCAAACACUAUUUUUGUAGUAGUACAAGAGACAGUGACCUGCUCUUUAUAUGAACAUGGAAAGUAUUUUGUACUUUGAUGUUAAUUCACCUCACUGAGAUGUGCUGUACACUUUGUACACACACCCCUGCAUAUUUCUCAAUGUGGAAUCUAGUUAUCCUUUCAGAAAAUAAAAACAAACAAAAAGUCGGAUCUCGAGCUUAAACACAAAAUGUUACACAGUGUGGUCCUGAAACCAUGACUUAGAAGUAGGAGACAAAUUUAAAGUGUUUUGCAUAUACUGUAAUCCUGUUUAUAACCAUUUCUGUUAGCAGGAAUAUAGUAAUGUAGUGCUUAUUCUGUGAAUAUUUGUAUGUAUUUUUACUAUGUAUGUACAAUACACUUUUAAAGCUCAUAUGGCAGGCAUGCAACACCAUCACAUACAGAAUAUUACUCUAUACUUAUACUCUAUACACUUAUACAUGCACAUACUCUUACAAGAUAUAUAAACAAAUAAACAUUUUGCUGUUAGCAAUACCCAGUGGUAUGAAAAUUAUCUUUCAACCCUCAUGUUUCCACACCUUAAGAAAUAUCACCAGUUUUGUAAGAAAAUAAACUAAAACAUAAGAAAAGAAAGAUAUGAUGAUAAUAACAAAUUAAAAAAAUUAUUGUUUCCCUGUUACCUCUUGCUAAUAAACCCAUUUUAUAUCAGGGUCUUGUUGUCUUGAGUUCUUUUGUGGAUUACCAGUCGAUAUUGUGGUGAUUCUACAGUUGAAACCAGUAGUUUACACUAUAUAAAAAGGCACAUAACCUUUUUUUUUUCACCGUCUAACAUUAAAUCAGAUAAAACUUUUCUUGUUUUUGGUCAAGUGGGAUUACCAAAAUUAUUUUUAUUUGCUAAAUGCCAGAAUAAUGAGACAGAGAAAUUUUUAGACAAUUUUUUUAUAUUUUCCCAAGAGUCAAAAGUUUACAUACACUACGAUGACUAUGCCUUUAAACAAUUUGGGAAAGUCCAGAUGAUGAUGUCAUGUCUUUGGAAGCCUCUGAUAGGUUUAUUUAAAACAUUUGAGUUAAUUAAAGGCACACCUGUGGAUGUAUUUUAGGGCGCACCUGAAACACACUGCUUCUUUGUGUAACAUCAUGAGAAAAAGAAAUCUGCCAAGAUAUCAGGAAAAGAAUUGUGGACCUACACAAGUCUGGUUCAUCCUUGGGUGCAAUUUCCAGGUACCUAAAGGUGCCAUUUUCAUCCGUUCAAACAAUUGUACGCAAGUAUAAACACCAUGGGAAUGUCCAGACAUCAUACUGCUCAGGGAGGAGAAGGCUUCUGUGUCCCAGAGAUGAACGUGCUUUGGUCCGAAAUGUGAAUAUCAAUCCAAGAACAACAGAAAAAGACCUUGGGAAGAUGCUGGCUGAAGCUGGUAAGAAUGUGUCACUAUCAACAGUAAAACGAGUUCUGUACCCACAACGGCUGAAAGGCCACUCUUCCAGGAAGAAGCCAUGACUCCAAAAGAAACAUAAAAAGCCUGAUUAGAGUUUGCAAAUGCACACAGGGACAAAGACCUUAACUUUCGAAGACACGUCCUGUGGUCUGAUUAAACUGAAAUGGAACUUUUUGGCCAUAAUGAUCAUUGUUACAUUUGGAGGAAAAAAAACUGAAAACACCAUCCCAACUGUGAAAUAUGGGGGUGGCAGCACCGUGUUGUGGGGUUGUUUUGCAGCAGGAGGGACUGGUAUACUUCAUAAAUAGAUGGCAUCAUGAGGAAAGAACAUUAUGUGGAAAUACUGAAGCAAUAUCUCAGACAUCAGCCAGGGAGUUAAAGCUUGGGCGCAAAUGUGUUUUCCAAAUGGAUAGUGAUCCUAAGCAUACUGCCAAACUGAUUACAAAGUGGCGUAAGGAUCACAAAGCCCUGAUCUCAAUCCUAACGAAAAUUUAUGGGCAGAACUGAAAAGUCAUGUGCAAGCAAGGCGGCCUACAAACUUAACUCAGUUACACCAGUUCUGUGAGGAGAAAUGGGCCAAAAUUCCUGCAAACUAUUGUGAGAAGCUUGAGGAAACAUAUCCAAAGCAUUUGACCCAAGUCAUACAAUUAAAAGGCAGCUACCAAAUAUUAAUGAAAUGUAUGUAAACUUUUGACUCUCGAGAAAAUGAUAAAAUAUUGUGUAAAAAAUUCUCUCUCUCAUUAUUCUGGCAUUUAGCAAAUAAAAAUAAUUUUGGUAAUCCUAAUUGAUCAAAAACAGGAAAAAUGUAAUCUAAUUUAAUGUUAGACAGUGAGGGAAAAAAAGAUUAUGUGCCUUUUUAUAUAGUGUAUGUAAACUUCUGGUUUCAACUGUACAUACAGCCUAUGAUGACUACCCUCUGCAGC